AUGCUUCUAGUUGAAUUCAUCAUCAUCUAUACAUGGUGCAUGAGAAAAGAUAGCGUAGCAACUGAAAAACGUGGUCCCGCUCAAUACUCCUACCACAGCAUGUUCGUUGCGGCGGCCGACAGCGCUGCCUUAUGGCGUUGCAAGUCAUGCGGCAAGGAGGUGUCCAACCGCUGGCACCACUACCACUCACACACCGCCCAACGAUCUCUCUGCCCCUACUGCCCCGCUACAUACAGCCGCAUCGACACUCUGAGAUCUCAUCUCCGCAACAAACACACCGCUCUGCUGCUCAAACACUAA